AUGAUAAAUGUCGAUGGCAGGGAACCCUUCAUGGGCAGCUUUACAAAAUUAACUUUCCGUAGCCCUCGUUGCAUUGCUUCAAUAACUGUAGACAGCUUGACUACGUUAACUGGGGCUGAAGAAGUGGAACUUAUCUACAAAGUUUGUGAAAACGAUACAGCUUGGUAUCUCACGCAUUACAUCAGUAGUGGCAAUGAAUUUACACUUCAUUUUCCAAUCUAUGCACAAGUUUUCGUGGUUGUCACCCGUAGAGGUUACAGAAUCAUCGAUGUCGGAGUGAAAUCUUGCAAUAACACAAAUUUAGAAGAGAAAAGAAUUCCGAAGAAAGUACACACGUGCACACAAGCAAAUGGAAAAAUCUUACGUAAGCGUAGAAAACAUCAUAAUGAGCGAUUUUUGGUGCAAGAAAGACAUGGAAGAGUGAAAAGAAGUAUGCAAAUUAGUAAUACUCUCGAAUUCAGGGCGCAAAGUUCACCUCAUCAGAUUUUAAAAAACAUUACCAUUGCUGCAGGAGAUAUUCUGAAAAUUCAUUCUGGAACACAUAUGCAAUUUGCACCAAACACUGGCAUUUUAGCAUUUGGUACUUUGCAAAUUGUUGGUACAAGUAAUAAACCUGUAUUGUUAUAUCCUAUAAAUAAUACCUGGUAUGGUUUACAAGCUAUAUUUACUGAUGCAAAUGUUGCAAAAGAAUCAAAACUUGUUUAUGUAAAUAUUUCCGGAAGUAGUAAUGGAAUAUGCAUUAAAUCACCUAUUCUUCCAAAAAUACACAAUGUGAUUAGCGACAGCAAUGGCAAUGGUCUUAUAAUUUUGAUCCAAAAAAAUUACAAUGAAUCUAAUUAUCCAUUCGACUGGGUAUUGAGGAGAAUAACAACUAUCAACAACCGUGCUAAUGGUUUAGUAAUAAGUGCUGAAGCUAAUCAACUGAUAAAGGUAAUCUUAAAAGAAGUCUUGUCAGCUUCUAAUCAAGCAAACGGUCUAGUGCUACAAGGAAAUUUCUUUGUCACUGUGAAUUCAAGUCAAUUUUUUGCAAACACAAAAAAUGGAAUUUCGAGCUAUUUAAGCAGUAAUUCAGCACUAGAAAUUACUGAUUCAACAUUCGGUUCCAACGGUCUUCACAGCGUGCAUAUUCCAAGCAGUCAGCAAAUUCGUUUCAAAUUUCUUCAUAGCACAUUUAAAGCACAUAAUUUUGAAACAGUAAUUAUGGUCGAAUUCGCUAAUCAAAGUAAUUUUUUGCUAGACAAUUGUCAUGGAUGGAACAAUAAUGCUGGUGGAAUUGCAUUUUUGCAAGUUAUCGAUAGUGAUUUGCUAUUUUUAAAAAGCAGUUGGACUCGAAAUCGAGGAUCAAUUAUAUUUAUUGAUCAAAUUCAGGGAAAAACAAAUAUUUUAAUCGAGGACAAUAAUUUUGACAGAAAUUUUUUCCUCAAUACUUCUGCACUUAAUGCUGUUAUCCAAAUAAGAAUGACUGAAAGCGACAAAGAUGUUCGAGUUCGAUUAUACGGCAAUCGAAUGCAAAAUAAUGCAAUGGAAAAUAUUUUGCAAAUUAGUCGGAUUGUUGGUCCUCAUAUUCAAGCAACAAAUGCUAAAAUUACUAUCAUUAAAAAUAUUUUUGUAGAAAAUAUGGCUAUAGAUACAGUAUAUUUAGCAACAAAUUUUGUCAAUAUUUCUAGGAAUACUUUUGACAAUCCAAAAGCUCAAUGUGAACUUCGUUCAGGUCAGAAACAAUCAAAAGAUUUAAUUGAUGCGAGAAACAAUUACUGGAGUUCUGUUGAUGAGGAAGAACCGUUUGGACAAGAUGUUAAUCCCAAUUGUUGUAGUACCAUUUCUAAACAUGAGUGUGGAUAUAUUAUCAGAAGUUUCGACCAAGAAACCACAAAGAUUGAUUUCAAAAAUGUGCGAUUUGAUAAAUCAGUAGAGAUAGAGAGGAAUGAAAAUGCGGUAUUUCACGAAGGAUCGGUGCUAGCAUUUAAACCAGGUCAUGGAAUUAUUGUUUCAGGAGCUUUGCAUUUACUAGGCGUUCGAGAAAAUCCAAUUUUACUAAGAAAUUUUGGUGGCACGUCAUGGCUUGGUAUUAUUUUAAAACCAGGUGGAACCCUUUAUGCAAAUUACUGUAUUCUGCAAAGUGCUGUAAUUGCUUUAAAUAUUAGUUCAUCUCAAAUACACAUUAAAAAUAUUCAAAUUAUACGACCAAUUGUAUCUGGAAUAUUAAUAACAACAAUUUAUAACGGUGAUUUUGAUAUGGGUCAAACGAGAAUCGUUCAGUCACAUAAAAAUGGUAUUGAAAUUUUGGAACGAGAGACUAAUAGUAGUAUAUGUCUCAGAAAUGCCGUGAUAAUGGAUAGUGCACAAGCAGGAAUAGAUAUUAUGGUUCCUGCUGGGAAUAUCACUAUACAAAAUAUUGUACUAGAAAAUAAUGGCUUAUAUGGGAUUCGCCUUGUCCAAAGCAGAAAUAAAGAGCUGGAUUCCAUUCGACUGAGUAAUUUAACGAUUCGAAAGCAAGUCAAAGGAGAUACGGGAAUUUUACUUAAUUUGAAGUCAUACUCUUUACUUCAUCUAAACACUUCGAAUUUCAUUUUCAAUGCGCUUCCAAGUAUUGCCCUGUUCACUAAAUGUCAAAAAAAUAUAAAAAAUAAAAAAGUACCAAAUGUAUUAAUUGAAAAAAAUCGAUUCUGGAAGAAUGACAAUUUGGUUAUGCGUGUAAGUAUAGAAAAUUGUGGAAAUACAAAAAUACGAAGGAAUAUUUUCAUUAAUAAUAACGAAUUUGGUGAAAAUGGUGCAUUAACUGUUCAAAUAUCACCACAGGAAAUGCAACCUGAAUUAUCUAUUGAUAUUACUGAAAAUAUAUUUGUCAAAAAUAAAGGAGAUUGGUCAAUGUUUGUUAGUGCAACAAAUUUAAAUCCUUUUCAUGGUACUAUUUAUUACAACCGUUUUAACGGAAAUCAGAAUUCUCGAGAAUCUCCACUAAUCGUCAAGAGUUCUCAAUUGCACGUACAUGCAAACCAAUUUGAUGAUAGAAUGUUCUUUGACCAGUUUGAUUUCCACAUUGAUCCUCUUGAAGAUGAUUUAACUGAUAUGGAUGAUAAUUACUGGAAAGAUGACGACAUGCAAAAUGUGGCAAAUUUUGCUUUCAGUGAUAAAUGGAAUCAAUCAGAAGCACAUUUAUCAGCAAUUAGUCGGAAACGAGCUGCUGAGGAUGAUUGCCUGGCAGUUUCUAAUUGCUCUAAUCAUGGACAGUGCAUAGGUCUCAAUGACUGUCACUGUAAUAGUGGAUAUUCAGGACUCGAUUGUUCUCAAAGUACCUGUAUAGAAUUACAGAAUUGCUCGAUGAAUGGUUACUGUGUGGGACCAAAUUUAUGUAAAUGUUUUGAAGGGUGGCAGAAGGAAGACUGUUCUACGCCCACAUGUCAUCUUCUUAAUAAUUGUAGUGGUCAUGGCGCAUGUGCUGACUGUAGCAAAAGAGUUGACAAUUGUACUUGGAGAGGCUGCAACAACCAUGGAUUAUGCGUUGGAGGUCAGUGCAUCUGCGAAUCCGGAUGGACUGAUCCGUUUUGUUCGAGUGCUCUAUGUGACGAGUUAAAUGACUGUUCAGGAUCAGGAAAUUGUAUUCGACCUCAAGUCUGCGAGUGUUUUCAUGGAUACAAAGGAGAUGACUGCUCAAUAUGUCUUGGUCCCCACUGUCAUUCUUGUAAUGUUGUUUGUGUACACGGCCGCUGUAAUCCCAAUACAAAAACUUGUGUUUGUCGGAAUGGAUGGAUUGGUAUGAGCUGCAAUAUUUGUGCUAGUGGAAAGUGUGAUUCAGUCUCGGCAGUUUUAUAUGUUCAACCUACAGCUGCUGGAAUCCAUCAAAAAAAUCAAAGUAUUUUGGUCUACGGCAACGAUUUACCUCAGUUAGCCGUACCAUCAAAACGUUAUACAUGUUUAUAUGGAAGUACAGCAUCUGAUGGAUUUUUUAUUUCAUCUUCACUGAUUCGAUGCACAACUCCUACAUCAGUUUUACCUGGACGUUAUUUGUUCAAUCUUGUGCCUUAUGGCUCAAAUAUGGCUAUACCCUUCUUGGAUAGACGUUUGAUUCAUUUCACAUUUUACAAUGAAUGCCAACAAGUGAAUUGCAAAGGUUACUGUGUUGGCGGAACUUGCAUUUGUCCUGCUGAUCGGGAUGGAUUGAACUGUGAACAGACAAGAAAUAUUUCAAAAGUUCAUAGUGAAACUCUGAACAAUGAAAAAUUGCUUGAGGCUGUAGAAGGAGAACCAUAUACUGUCAAACUGCCUUCACAGCAAGACAAUACGAUAUUUACCGUGGAAACAGAUGCUCAUGGAAUGGUAGUUUACCCAAAUGGCAUGGUAUUCUGGGCACAGCCCAUCGGACGUGCUGAAGCAUAUGUAGUAAAUGUAAGAGCUGUAUCACUUACCACUGAAAAUGUAAUUAAUUGGAAUUUGACAGUGAAGCCAACGUACGAUGCAAUAGUUACAAAAGUUGAGAACAUAGAUGAUUCUAACAUGAAGCUAAUCAAAGGGACAGUUAUUUAUAAUGUAAAAGUUGCUAUGCACCCAAGUAUAACAAAUCUAGAAAAUAUUACAUUUAAAAAUAAUGUGACCUGGAAUGGAUAUUCUUUUGAAAUUGAAUGUGAUCCCAAAAUAAUGGUCGAUCCUGGCCGACAAGUUGAUGCAAAUUAUCAUAUAAAAAAUAAUGGUCAAUUACUGUUAGUGAACUGUCAGGUAGUACUGAUUGCCCCACGUGACAAGAUGCAAAUUUUGAAAUACGAAAAGGUUCUUAGAACUAUAGCAAGUGGAGAAUCUGCGAGAAUUACAAUUACUUUUAUUGCUGAUAAUAAUAUCGACGAUACAACAAUUAUCUUACAAUUCAAAUGCAUUGAUACAUUAAAAAAAUUAGUCAAACAACAAGUCCAAGUUCCGCGUGCCAAGCCAGAUUUUGCAUUUUAUCCCAAGGAAAUAGUCAUUUCAUCAAGUUCACGAAUAUGUCCAAAAAUAAUCUCGGUGGAUAUUGUAAACAACAAAGGAUAUGAAUUUACUAAUAUGCCGAAAAUUAUAAUUCGACCUGAUAAUACUUCUUUAUUUCUCGUAUCUACCAAACCGUUGCUUCAGAAUCUUACGAACUUCAGUACUUCAGGAUCUAUUCUCACUCUCUCUUUCAGCUAUCAAUCAUUAAUUUCUUCUAUUACACCCGGAAAUUUAUCUCUUUCAGGGGAUAUAGUUUUUUUAGAUGACAGUAAGCCGCAAUUUACAAUACCAUAUCACAGUAUGCAUGCAACGUCGGAUUUAUUUGAUUUUUACGUAAUAGUGCGUGAUGAAUUAAACGCAUUGAAUCCAAAUUACAUAAUUGAUGACGCACAAAUAUUCCUUCAAAAUGAUGUACAUAGUUAUAAUGAUAGAAGACAAACGAAAAUGAAUGAACCCAUCGUUUUCUUUUCAAUUGUUGAAGGAACUUAUCAAUUAACUGUUACAUCGCCAACACAUGAAACAGUGAUAUUAAUAGUUCAAGCAUCCGUCGCAAAUUCUUCUAUAUCAGUAUUUCUUCCUCUCUGUCAAUCACUUUCACCAGUUGUUGAAGAUAGAAAAUUAUCGCUGGAAAAAAUUGAAAAGCAAUACAAGAUGUCAUUUCCGGAAAUUUACCUAAUUCCAUCCUCAAUUUUGGCACCUCAAAAUGGUACAAAAAUGGUAAAGUUGAUUGUACAAAGCGAUGAUAAAGGUGCAAAUGGUAGUAUCAUUAUUCUACCAUCUGUAGAAAUCUAUAACCAAUACCUCUCGUUCUCUUUGGCAACGCCAGAAUUCAACAACAGUCUAGGACCUGGGGAUGGCUACCCAAUUUAUUAUCAGCUAUCAUAUUUAUCUGAAAAAAUUAUGAACAACAUUGAGUGCAACACAUUUGUUGUACAAAUCCCAUACAUCUACAUGAUACAGAAUUUAAUGACAAAUUAUGCUCAAAAUAUUCAAGUAUUAGUUGAUCAAAGAGAUAAUGAAGCUCAAGCAAUUCAUCUAUGUAAAGUGGGCUUAGAAAUGGCGGUGAAAGAAAUUUCAAUUUGGUCAAAAACUAUGAUUCACUGUGAUUGUGCAACAAAAACCAAAGAAAUUUGUCGUCAAAAGUAUGUUUCGGCAGCUAUGUGUGGUAGUUCCUGGAAGUAUAUUCCUGAUGAUACAGUAACACUAGAGACGAUUGCAAUGUUCAUUGCCAUGAUUGCUGAAUGUCAGGCUAAUCAAGUUGAUUUUCAAAAAAUGAAGCAACUGUUAAGCUGUGCUGCUUCUCUUGACAAUCGCUGUUCAAUAAACCGUCAUCGACGUACGCUAAAAAUUAGGUCAACUACAGACCGACGUGAACGCGGACAGUUUUUUGAUCAGCUUUCAUUAGUGGAUGAACAAGCUGAUGGUAUGCUACACAAAUAUUUUCCAGUCUUAAAUGUGUUACGAUUAGAAGCAGUAAAUACACCUGCUCUAUAUUAUGCUUUUUUUGAGCAACUCAAUAUUCUGCUGCCUUUCAAAUAUUUCGAAAAAAUUAAAAGCAGGGAAUGGUAUGAUAAAUUCUUCGAAUAUAUAUCUGAAUCAUCUGAAAAUGGCUUGGCAAUAAGUGAAGCUGAAUAUACUACUUUGAAAAAUGAAGGAAGCAUGGAUUUGAUUCAUCGAUGGAAUGCUACAGUUCGCGAAUGGUUGAUGGGUUCUGACCCUUUCAUUGAAACUCAUCAUCUGGCAGGGAUCAAAUUUACUGAUCUUCGAGAAUUAGUCAUUCGUUCAGAUCGCUUGAAAACUCUCACAAAACAGUAUGGUGCAGAAAACCCUUUUGCAUUACUUCAUAAUUACAUGGAGAGAUUGUUAUCUGCUGAAAUGGAAAAUCAUUCAGGCUUUCAAAAGUUUACGAAAACUGAAGAUGAUUAUAACGAUGUUUGCGCCAUCGCUUACGCUUUGAUAACACCUGAAAAACUUUUUGAAUAUAAUGAAUUUUAUCUCAAGUUAAAAGUUAUUAAUAAAAAGAAAGAUCCUUUGGAGUUUGUAAAGUUGACACUGGAAAUGGCUCAAAAUCGUGAUGACAAUAUACCAAUUCAAUUUUUCAUUGAACUUUUCAAAUUAGAUGGCAUUGAUAGCAUUUCCGGUUCUUCAAAAUUACCUGCAAACUCAGCUUUAACUGCAUAUUGGAGACUGAAACCGAGAAGAACCACUCGAUUGAUUCGGGAAACAGAAUAUCAAGCAAUUUUGAAUCUCAAAUUCACUCGAAAUGGUCAUAGAAAUGUACAAAGAAUUGAAACCCAAACUGUAAUAUAUCGUCCACGGCCAUCUUUGAAAAUGUAUUAUUUCUUCUCAAAUCUCACAUCUUCGGAGAAUACUACAAAUUUGGAUUCAUUAUCUUCUAAUUUCAGCGUUAUGGUUGCCUUUAUUAAUGCUGGAUAUUCGAAUCUCAGAAACGUUAAAGUUGAAGAAACCCGAAUAUCCAUAGUCUCAACAAAUACCAAGCAGUCUUUCAUACCAUAUCAACAGGCGAAAAUUGCUUACUUCAAACUGACAAUAUCGAUGGAUGGGAAACUGCUUGAACUUGAGGAUUCACGAACAUUUGUGAUUCAUCAGCUUAUCGCACCAGAAAAAUUUCUUAUUUCACCUAAUACCAUUCCAAAUUCGUUUUAUUAUUACGACAAAGAAAAAACAAUUAUGCGUACUAUCACACCGUUGCAUUUUGUAAAAUUAGAUGAAAAACGUGGUGUUAGCGAUGGCAAAUCAUUUCGGCAACAAAUUGCAUCAUUUGAACUCAAUGAACUAACACAGCCACUUACGUCAUUUUAUGCACGUGUCCCAUUUCCUCGUGACUUAGACACAAAUGUCGAAGUGUUGCGUGUAAAUCAAAUUGGCAAUGAUGGCAUACUGAAUCUAGUUGAUCCUAGACAUGUCUGGAAUUCAAAUGAUGGAGAAAAUUUUGUUCAUUUUAUCGAUGAAAAUCCACUCACAUCAUCAAAAAUUAUUACGUACGAAAUAAUUUACGGUAACGCAGAAGUAUUCCUACGUCCACGUUUUGAAUUCCCAACUUACAAUAUUCCUCUUGUACUCGAACAUUGGCCACAAAUUGGUGAUACAAUUGCUAAAAUUACUGCUACUUCACCAAGCCAAUCUGUCCUUCGUUAUGAACUUUAUACUAAUUCCAGCAGAGCCAAUGAUUACUUCGGUAUCAAUCCAAUAACUGGUGAAAUAACUUUAAAGAAGGAUAUUACUCCGUCAAAAGAUGGAUAUUGCAUGACAGCGCGAGCAACUGAUGAUCAUGGACGUUCAGAAGCUACUGUAAUCACAAUAGGACUUGAUGUUUCCCAUCAUGAGUGUCAGAAAAUUGAUGAUUUUAACGAACUUCAGCCACUAAUUCACAUUCCUUCUCAAUUUAAUUUUUCAAAAACUACAGUACAAUCAGAUUCUGCUACUACUGGUACUACAAGAAUACUGCAAUUGAUUAACUCAUCUGAUCCAUCCUACUUCACACCAUCGCUGUCUUCUCCCUUAAUAAUUACAGAAAGCUCAAUAACCGAUAGCACUUUAUCUUCAAGAUUUCCUGUAAACAAAAAAUACCAGUAUACAACACUGAUAGCUAUACAAUCAAAUAAUAAAUUUAACUCCAGUUAUGAGUUUUCUUCUACAUCCGAUAUGGUUUUAUCCACAAGUAUUGAAUUCGAAUCAAGUUCAGCAGCAAAUAACAUCGAUACUGACGUAGAUUUUACUUCUACCACAGUUUCUACUAAUGAUGCAAUAAGUAAUGAGAGUAAAACUUCAAUUUCCAAUAAAAAUAGUGACGACGAAUUGCUAUUUGUUACUGUGAGUGCCGAUGGAAUUAAUAAUGUGACAAUAACUCCUGAAAAUAUAGACAGUAUCAAAACUGACACUGUACAACCAGAAACCCAAUAUACUCAAAAUGUUGGUGAGAAGACAUAUAUUACAGACAGGCAAAAAAACGAAACGUAUCCUAUGCACAGUACUUAUGAAGUUACACCAAUUACUGAUAAAGAUGUAACAAAUUCCUUUACUCUACAAAAUACAACAAAUAAUAUUAAGGAAUCAGAAGUUGAAAAAUCAACUUUCAGUACAAUUAUCAAUGAAGUGACAAAAAGCAAUGGUACUAUGAAUGAUAACUUCGGAAGCACAGAAGGAACUCUCCAGGAGACAAUUUACACGCCAAAUUCCGAAAUGACAGAUAAGGCAGGAAGUGAAUAUUUGGAAAGCUUUAAAUCUCAAACAGUAUCUGAUCAAAGUACAGAUCUCAGCUCAUCAUCUACUCAACAAAUCACAUUAUCAUCAGAUCAAAACAACAACGAUGUAAAACCUAAUGCUGUGUCCGUAUUAGGAAGUUUGAGCAGUUUGCUUCGUUCAAAUACGGGCAUGGCUUUAGAUGCUGAAAAUAUCACGAAAAUACAGAAGAUAGUGUGUCACUUGAAAAGUGUGAAACCAAUUUGGAGUCUUAUUUGCGAUCUCAGCAAGACAAUAAGAAUUAAGCGAGUUGCCAAGACAAAAAUUUAA